ACAGGCUGGUGGUCAUGCCAACAUUUUUGUAUAUUAUUUGUUUGUUUAAUCCUCCAUCUCAUUUAUUGCUUCAUAAACUUCUACCUCUGGAUAUGAAGUGCAUAGUAGUGUCGAUGGACAUUGAGGUAAUAAUGGUGUUAGUUUAUCUGUCAUGGGGAGGGUCAGCAUAAUUUACACCAAAUGCUGAGUAACCAAGGAGAGCUGAAAGAGUGUUAGUGCCUUGCGAUCGUUUACGGAUCUGUGCGCAUCAGUGGAACGCCUGCUCUCUGAUAACGAGGACAGAGUCGGGAGGUAUUGAUCUGGGGUGACAUUAGUUUAAUGGAGGCCUGGAUGGAAGCAGGACAUGUGGAUGUGUGGAACAGGUAGAGAAGCCGUACAUGUGCUCCACCGUUCCAGUCUCAGUAAACAGAGGAGCUGUUGUUCUUCAGCCUAACACAUUCUCUCAGUACUGUGGCGCUAAACUCCAAAUAUGCUUCAGUCUUUCAUUGUUAACGUCUCAGUGGAUUGGUACAACAAAAUGGAGAGCAGACACAUGGAUCUGUUCCUCAUCCCUACGGUUCUCCUAACCUCUGUCACAAUGCUGGUCAACCCCGUUCUGUCCCUCUGCAUACUGUGUUUUCCUACGCUACGUCAAGAGACCCGCUACCUGCUCCUUGCUAACAUGCUCUUCGCCGAUAUGCUCUUCCUCGCCAUAAACCUUGCGAUGGUCUCCUGCAACUCUGUGGGCCUGCACAUGCCUAACCUUCUGUGUGAGUUCAUGAUGGUGAGCAUGGUAAUGACAUACAGCACGUCUGUGCUCACCAUCACAUUGAUGGUCGUCGACACAUAUGUGGCGGUACGUUGGCCGUUACAUUACAAAGAGAUUCUCCCACCAUCUCGGGCCAGGAAGAUAAUCAUGAGCUUGUGGGUAACGGCAGCAGUGUGUCCCGUCUCUUUGCUAGUGAUGUUUGAGGUGGUGAUGGGCAGUGACAAGCAGAGCCGUCCAGUGUGUUUGAUGUUGAUCGCGCUGCACACGUUAGAACACAAGAUGAAGGUUGGCGUUCAUUUUUACUUCAUCGUUGCCAUCAGCCUCUGCACUGUUCUCAUUGUGUACUGUUAUAUUCAUCUCUACUUCAUCACUAAAACUUCUGGGAUAUGGCGUAGUCGGUACUCCCGGGCGCGUAUGACACUCCUGGCGCACACUCUGUUGCUCAUGAUGUAUUUUGUACCCACGUUGGUCUUUGCCGUUGAGCUGGCUCUUUUAAAGGAAGAAAGCGUGGAUCUUGUGGGAGUGUGGAUUAACUUGGUGAAUAUGUGCAUAUUGAUGUUGCUUCCACGCUGUUGCACUCCUUACCUGUACAUCCUGCGCUAUCACGAGAUUUACGAGACUGUCCAGCAGGUGUUUUGGAAGAAGCGACACCUAAGUCAGAGGAGUGCAGCCUAGAACUGGACUUGAAGCAGAGCAGGCCUGCACAAUAACUGUAUCUGGUAGCUCUGUCGUUGGAGGAUUCCUUAGCAAAAGAGGGAAUUUAAGA